CCCCGAAAGUUUCGAAUUAUCGAAAUGGAGAAUUUUUUGCUUCCGCCCAUUUGCAAAGAUCCGCUUAUCACAGGCAUUUGUGACAGUUUUGCUGUUGAUGUAAUGGAGUCCGGUUUGACAUAUCGCGGAUACAUUUGUGUUGUGGCAUGGAGAAUGGUCAGCGUCACUGUAUGGUGCGAGUUGGCUCAAUGCAGCAGUUAAAGACCGUAUCCUUGAUUCAUCUACGUUUAGUGGAUGGUAGCCUAGUUUUUCAUCCAGAAACAUUUACGGAAGAAAUCGACGUCCUUAUCAGUGUGCAGAAAAACCAACCCGAAUCGUGGCAAGUCGGACGUCUUCUGGGCGGGGUGCGUGAUGACGACUAUCUGCUAGCAAAAGUGGAAGUCUACUUGCCCGGUGAUAUUGUGCAGCGCUUCCUUGUGCUGGAUGGCCCCAGAGCCGCCUUCCGGCGUAUCCGUCGCCGCGGUCAUCUCGGACCACCCAUCAAAAGGCUGUCCUUUCGUCGCGCCUCCAUCCCCAUGGCCACUAUCCGCCUACGCUGUUCUUCCACGGCUAACAUUCUUAUCACCAUUCAAGAGAUACCACGAUUUCGUAGCCUGUUUUUGAUACAUGCCAAGGAAAUUAUGAUGUUUCUCGAUGUUACGAAUGAUCGCGUUGCUGUACUAAUUGCGGAGGGAAACAAAAGGAACGUUACGAAUGACGACAUUGUCACAGGAGUUAUGCGCGGUGUCGAUUGCUUUGUUCGAGCGGCGGACAUGCAGGUCAGCUGGGCGCUGGAUAAAACGCUCUGUGCUAGUGUAGCCCAGGAAGACUUGAAGCAUCCUGUUGAACUCCGGCUUGCCGAUCUGUAUAUAGAACUGCAUUUGAUGGUGUUUUCCUAUCUGGAUGUGUACGACCAGCAUCAGCUGCGCAGGACAUGCCAUUGUUUCCAAAAUCUGCUAACGCUGCCUGUAGUACGGCAGUGCACAAUACUGCCGCAAAGUAUAAUUAUCGUUCAGGUUUUGAGUAAGCGAGCGUCUAGCUCAAGAAAGUUCUUACUGGCAUAAAUUAUCGGCAACUGCGUCACCAAAGAUGCCAAAAUUCUAUACCUCACCGGUGAUUGGGAAGAAGUUCUGGGCUCGUCGACUGGUAUUUUAAAGGUCAUAUCCGUAAAACUUAACUGGCUUAUUAUGAUAGACAAUUCUCAGCUUUCGCUCAACGAAUUUCUCACUUUCCCUGAACCGUAUCCGAUGAUGUACUUACGCGACUUUGCUAACGUCGGAGGUACCUAUCUAUCGAUGUCCGCUUAUCCCGAUUACGCUCCCAUUUGUCACCACAUAAUGUUAAAAAACUGCUGCUUCAGUAGCAAGCGCGCGAUAUGUUUUGAGGGAAUGAGAUCGAUAGUAAAUAGCGAAUCUAGCCUAUUCUGUCCUUGGGAGCGGCGUCACCUCAGAUGUUGCCAUGUUCCCUUUAUUAUCUGAAUUUCAUGGUGGCGGCAUACCUUCGCUGCAAUAUCCAGAUCCGCAUUUGAGACAGCGUUCCAGUCGGCGCUCGAGAAAUCCUGCCCAGUACUGGAUCAAACUAAAGCCCAAGAAUUUAUCAGCUGGCUGGAUGCUCUGACGGAGGAGGAUAUGGAAGCCCAGAAAUGCAUUUGGCCCUUUAUCCAGUUAUCUUACGAAUUAUGGAAGGAAGAAAUUCCGGCGUGUCUGGAGGAUGUCCGAAAAGUGUUAUCAGCAGAUUUUCUCCAAAAAGCUUGGUGAAGCAGACACUUACAUUGCUCGUGCCAUGCUUUCCUGAGUUCUGACAAGUCUGGCUGCGUCACUAUCACGACCA